AGGGGCAAAGCAGAGGGAAAAUCUCAAUGUAGGCCGCACCAGAGUUUUGAGUUUCUUCCAUCUCCACCCCUCAAUGCAUGUUAUAUAGUGAAACCUGAAACGGUAGCUGGCCUGCAUAUGAAGCCCCACUGUCCUCGGAAAGCUGCCGUUUUCUAACACUAUGAAAGGUGAAAAACAAUAUGCGGAAAACGUGUCGAAGGUGGAGUCCUCCAAUGGUCACGGCAGGCCACUGGAUAUAGUGCCCAGCAUGGAGGAGAAGAUGACCGACAGGGGUCAGUGGGGCAACAAGAUCGAGUUUGUUCUAUCUGUAGCUGGGGAAAUUAUUGGCCUGGGAAAUGUUUGGCGUUUCCCCUACCUUUGUUACAAGAACGGAGGAGGGGCCUUUUUUAUCCCAUACCUCAUCUUCUUUUUUGCCUGUGGGAUCCCCGUCUUCUUUCUGGAGACUGCUUUGGGUCAGUACACCAGUGAGGGAGGCAUCACCUGCUGGCGAAGAAUUUGCCCAUUGUUUGAAGGAGUGGGUUAUGCCACCCAGGUGAUUGUCGCUCUCUUGAACAUCUACUAUAUUGUUGUGUUAGCCUGGGCUAUAUUCUUUCUCUUCAAUUCCUUCACCUGGGAUCUGCCCUGGGCAUCUUGCAACAACACGUGGAACACAGAUUCCUGUGUGGCAUUUCAGAGGGGAAAUAGCUCCAUCAAUCACCAUGAGAACGCCACCUCUCCUGUCAUUGAGUUUUGGGAGCGUAGAGUCCUGAGAAUUUCCUCUGGCAUUGAUCACAUUGGCUCACUAAACUGGGAUCUAGUUGCUUGUUUAGCCAUUGCAUGGGUCAUCUGCUACUUCUGCAUCUGGAAGGGAGUCAAAUCCACUGGGAAGGUGGUGUACUUCACAGCUACCUUCCCCUAUAUUAUGCUGUUGAUCCUACUGGUAAGAGGGGUCACUUUGCCAGGAGCCUCCAGGGGAAUCCACUACUACCUUUACCCUGAUUUGGGACGACUGUCUGACCCCCAGGUCUGGAUGGAUGCUGGAACUCAGAUCUUUUUCUCAUAUGCCAUCUGCCUGGGCUGUCUUACUGCCUUAGGAAGCUACAACAAAUACAACAACAACUGCUACAAGGAUUGUCUGUGUCUCUGUUUCCUGAACAGCGGCACAAGUUUUCUAGCUGGCUUUGCCAUCUUCUCCAUUUUGGGUUUCAUGUCCUUUGAGCAAAACAUUCCUAUCUCAGAAGUGGCUGAAUCCGGUCCAGGUUUGGCUUUCAUAGCAUAUCCUCGCGCUGUGACCAUGAUGCCGGUUUCCCCUCUCUGGGCCUGCUGUUUCUUUAUUAUGAUUGUGUUCCUGGGACUGGACAGUCAGUUUGUUUGUGUGGAGAGCUUGGUGACAGCCAUGGUGGAUAUGUAUCCCUCCGUCUUCCGCCGCAAAAACCGCAGGGAACUCUUUAUCCUUGCUGUAGCUGUGGCGUCCUUCCUCAUGGGACUUAUUAUGCUGACAGAGGGAGGCAUGUACAUCUUCCAGCUCUUCGACUACUACGCAGCCAGUGGGAUGUGCCUUCUUUUCGUGGCUGUUUUCGAGACUGUUUGCAUUGCCUGGGUUUAUGGUGCUGAUCGUUUCUAUGACAACAUAGAGGAUAUGAUCGGAUACCGUCCCGGCCCUGUCAUUAAAUUCUGCUGGCUCUUCUUCACCCCUGCCACAUGCUUCGGAACCUUUGCCUUCGCAUUGAUCAAGUACUCACCUCUGAAGUACAACAAUGUAUACGUGUACCCAGUAUGGGGGGAUGGGAUUGGCUGGAUUCUGGCUCUGUCCUCCAUGCUUUGCAUCCCACUUUGGAUGGCAGGGAAACUCUAUUACACUCCAGGAACGCUUAGAGAACGCCUCAUUCUCUUGACCACUCCCUCCACUGACCUACCAACGACGAAGCAGGAACAAGGGAGACUGAUGGGCAUCGUUGCUAGAGAAGGGGACAAGCUCCACCAGAAAGCUCCUCCCACCAAGGACGGUUAUUUCCCCGUUGAUGAAAAGGAGUCUCAUUGCUAGAGACUUGAGAGUCAAAGUCUCUCUCUCUCUCUCUCUCUCUCUCUCUCCCUCUCUCCUUCUCUGCCUUACCUCAGGUGCAGACUUUCAGAGCCACCGCACCUCUAACUGCACCUCUUGCUACUGGAGCUUCCCCCUUUGUCCAGUGCCUUGAACAAAGCAUUCUCCAUCUUCAUUGGGAGAGCAUGUCAACAUCCAUGCCCAUGGCAGAGUAAUGUGUACAUUUUAAAAUGUGACCACUAUAGGUUCUCAGUGGCAAAGAAAUUUGCUUUCUAAGGAAGCCUUUUCAUCUGUUAUGGACAUCUGUAAUGUUCAUUUAGCUUGACGUGACGUUUCAAUAACUUUUCUUAAUAGUUAAUGGCAUCAUCUGCAGCAGAUGGAGCACAAGAAGUGUCCCGUCACACAGUCCAUGAAGCUAACUUGAAUAAUAUUGUUGACUGUUUAAUUGUGUUUUUUAAUCAAUGCAACAUGUUUUGGAUACAGUUCUGUAAUGAUGACUGCUGUCAGCUCCAGGGUUCCUACAAUAUCAUGAAAUGUCUGAAAAAGUAUAAAAAAAGUCUGGACUUUGGGAAAAAGACAGUUGUAUAUGAAAGUAUGAUUAAGUUUCCAGACUUAAUUCCAUAUCUUUUUCUUUUUUAUUAAACAAUUGGGAAUUUCCACAAGUAAAGUGAACUUCACAUUGUUUUGUAUUUUAAUAAUAUCCUUCAUGUCUCUUUGCAGGUUCAGUUUAAGAAACUAGCAACUUCUGUUUUGGAUUUCUAGUCACCAACUCAGAUCCUGCAUUAUAAAUACAGUCUUUUAACAAUAAAAAAACAGCCAUUUUACUGCUUCUUCAGUAAAGGCUGAAAGUGCCACAUUUAAUGCAAAAAUACCUUGUUAAAUAAAUAUUUACAUAUAUGGUCAUUAGAAUACAAUACAUAGCAAUGCAUACAUUCAACAAAUAAAUAUAUACAAUUAGGCAAUAAUUAUUUAAAUAUUUAAACUAUUUUUAAAUACAUAAAUAAUACAUUUGAAAGUAGUUCAUUAAAAUGUGUAUUUUCUAUAUUUCAAAAGCACGUGUGAUGAAGUAUUUGUUUCUUUUCUUUAUUUAAAAGUCAUGAUUGUUUGCUAUUUGUCCACCUGACCCACCAAAGUUAAGCGGGCGGGGCUUACAAUGCUUGGGAGAAGGCGAUUGGGCGGCAGCUGAGUUGCUGUGGAGGUUAACCAAUUAAAUGUUUGGCUCUAAUUGAUGAACCAUAGUGAGAGUUUAAACUAUUUCAUGAUGGACUUUAGCACAGGAAAGGUAAAAUAAUUGAAUAAGUACAAUAAUUAAUGCAUAGAAUUUGAACACAUAAUGAAAUGUGAUGUUAAAAGAUAAUUCUGGAACAUUAUUGACACAUUUGGAUUAUAAGACAUAUAUUUUUAUUCAUUAAAUGUAUUUUACAGUUUUAUUUAAAUUAAUACAUGUAUAACUAUUUCUCAAACGAAUUAUUGUUGUAAUUGAUUUUGGCACAUUUGAGCCUCCAUACUUUAUUUGGGCAAGUGGUUCUUAUUCAAAUCUGGUUUUGAUGUCAAACAGUAAAGAAGAAGUGUGUAAUAAAUAUUAAUUGGAAAAUAUGUGUUAAAAAUUUUGAAAUAAAGCAGAUCUAAGUGCAGUGGCAAAAACAAAAAAAAAAGGAAUUGCCCUUUAAUACUCUGGAAAAUUAGGAGCCAGCAUCAUUGUUGUAGUUUUAUGCUUUGUGGAACACAUAGGUAAUAAAACCUAAUUACUGUACAAGUGUUUUCAAAAUGAAUGUCUUGCUCUCCAAUGUCCAGAAUGUUAUAAAAACGGUGGGAAAAUCUAAACAUUUCAGCCUAAAAGGGUGUGAAUUGUAAAUGGAAAAAGCAUAGGAACCCUCUAUCUGAAUAAUGCGCACUUUUUUUUUUACCGAAGUAUACUAAUAAGUGCUGCUAGAGAGAACUGGAGGUGUGGGGUUUAGCUCAAAGGAUCUCAUACUAAUACUAUGGGAUUAGGAUUUAAUUUUUCACCUUCUGUACUGAACUUUGCAGAGUUGCAUGGUUGUUUUGUUUGUCUUUUUUUUUUAUAUAUAGUUUUCUUUUACUUUUGAUAUUGACACAGUUUUAGUUUAGCUGAGGGUACCUUAUUUCUAAUAUUCAGUUUUGUAUGCUAUUAAAAUGCAAAGGUCCUGAAAGACGCUGUUGCACUGGGGAAGCUGGUUGAAAUGUUUCAUUCCAAAAACAAUUUCUUGCUUUUCUUGUCUUUCUGGUGCACAUGAGAAACAUCAGCCAUGGUUUGUUCAGAUGCAGGGAUGAAUGUAUUAGAACUGAUUACUAUACUGAACAAUAUUAAAAAUACAACUUUUUAAUGUUGAAACAUGCUUUUUAUGACUGAUUAAUACCACCUUAAUUUGAAAACCAUGCUUUCAUUUUGUGGGAUGUAAUUCGUUUUUUCUUAUCUGAUUUUGUAUAACUGUCUUGGUAUAUCAAAUAUUAUGGUAUAUUAAAAUUAUCUGAUAUUAUAGUUGUAAAUUUGUUGUUGGAAACAUACUUGUAUUUUUAACAUGUUAAUUACAGACCUGUUAUAAUAUACGGACAACACAUA